ACAACCACAAACUGUGCAACCUCAAAGUUACUCUACAGCCACAAAGUUACUCUACAGACAAAAAGUUACUCUAGAGUAGAACAUUCACUCUAGAGAGGAACAUUAACUCUACAGUGAAAAAUUAGCUCUAGUGGAAAAGUAACUCUAUAUCCGCAAAGAAAUUCUAUAUCACACUUUGUACAAAGGAAUAAGGAAUUUCAAACCUAACAUGGCAACUCUCUCUUUUUAUCUCCAUUCGUUCAAAAUCUAUAAAAUAAGAGUCACUGUACCGAAAAGGACAGGCAAAAAUGCAACAAUGAACACACCUUUCAUUUGAAACUAAAAAUAAACAAACGGGACGUCAUCUCGAGUCUCACAGACCUUAAAUUAUUUAUCAUUUUUUUAUUUUAAUCAGUACCCCAGUAAGUACCGCUAUUUUAGCUUUUCACCGUAUUUACGCUGCUUUAGAACUUUGGACUUUGGUUUCUCUUUCUGUUUUUAAUCUUCCACAAGUCGAUUAGGGAGUGAGUUUAGUCCAUCGCGGAGCUUACAAACCGAAAAGUUUAAUUUAUAAAUUUUAAUUUUGGUAAACAAACAGGGUCUUCAUUUUAUCAAUAAUGAUUAAUACAGGGAAAUUGGCCGGACAAACUCUAUUCAUCACCGGAGCCAGUAGAGGUAUCGGCAAGGCUAUAGCUCUCAAGGCAGCUAAAGAUGGUGCUAAUGUUGUAAUUGCUGCUAAGACUGCGACUGCACAUCCCAAACUACCCGGAACAAUUUAUACUGCUGCUGAAGAAGUUGAAAAAGCCGGUGGCAAAAGUCUACCAUGCGUAGUCGACAUCAGGGACGAAACUCAAGUGAAAAAAGCUGUAGAAGAAGCAGUGAAAAAAUUCGGCGGAAUCGACAUUGUGGUCAACAAUGCCUCCGCCAUUUCCUUGACCGGAACAGCCGAGACUGACAUGAAACGUUACGACCUCAUGCACCACAUCAACACCAGAGGCACUUUCCUGGUAUCCAAAGAAUGUCUUCCGUAUUUGAAAAAAAGCAAAAACCCACACAUUUUAAUGAUGUCGCCUCCAUUAAAUAUGCAACCUCAUUGGUUUAAGAAUCACGUCGCUUAUACUAUGGCCAAGUACGGUAUGUCGAUGUGUGUUUUGGGCAUGCACGAAGAAUUUAGACCUUUAGGAAUUGCUGUAAAUGCUCUCUGGCCUAGAACAGGUAUUAAAACGGCAGCAAUGGAUAUGUUGAGCGGCGGAGAUUCGAGCCGACAAUGUAGGAAACCUGAAAUUUGUGCUGACGCUGCUUAUGCAAUUUUAACUAAAGACUCCAAAACAACCACAGGAAACUUUUUCAUCGACGACGAAGUUUUAAAAGCAGCAGGAAUAACAGACAUGGUUCAGUACGCUUGUGAUCCAUCAAACGCUGACAAUUUAAUGCCCGAUUUCUUCGUUGAUUCAAAUGAACCAGCUCCGUCUCCAUUAACUGAAGCCUCUCAAGGCAAAAAGGCACCAGUGGGUGACGUUGCGAAACUUUUCCAAGCUAUCGAAGGCAGCUUGUCAGCAGAAACUGUCAGCAAAACUCAAGCAGUUUUUGCAUUUGUAGUUACUGGAGACGAAGCUGGAAAAUGGUACAUUGAUUUGAAGAGUGGCAAAGGGGCCUGCGGCCAAGGUGAACCACCAGUCACUGCGGAUGCCACAUUGACUAUGGACAGUAAAAAUUUCUUCAACAUGUUUUCUGGUAAACUCAAGCCCGCGACUGCUUAUAUGAUGGGAAAAUUGAAAAUCAAAGGUAACUUGCAACAAGCUAUGAAACUCGAGAAGCUCAUGUCAAGUCUUAAAUCUAAGUUAUAAAUUGUUAAGACUUAUUUAUUUGUAAGUUUUUUAAGCCUUAAAAGAUAAAAAUUUUAUAUAAUACAUAUACGUAAAGCAAUUAGUUAAUUAUACAAUGAUUAUAUUAAUUAUUAUUAAAGGUAUGGUGCAAGUCUAUUUUUUAUUGUUAAAAUUGUUUGUUAACUAGGAUGCAAUUUUUUUGUGCGAAUUAAACUAUUUUUAGUAAAUCUUUUUUGUUGAAUUUAUCCCUAGAUACUGUGCGAUUAUUGUAUCAAUCUCCAAUGCGCUCCUACACCACUUAUCCGAUUACGAUGAAACUUUGGUAGGUUGUUAUGGCCAUCCCAAUUCCCAAGAAAGGUUUGUGGAUAGGUUACGCAUCUCGAAAAACAUGAAACAACGUUGCCACAUUUCAUUUAUUAAGGCUUGCGCAUUCAACCGACGUAACUUUAUUAUUUUUUGACUUCCAGAACGGCUAGACCGAUCUUGAAUUUAAUACCAAGUAUCUAUAUAAGCCGAAUUCGAUUGACC